AUGGGAAAAUCAAGAGCUGGUCAUGGUAUAGCUGUGAAGCUGGAAGUUGCGAAGCGACAUGGCUUUGACGGCAUCGAACUUGUCAUGGAAUGCCUCGAAAGCCAUUCCGAGUCUGAAAAGUUUGCCAGUCACAAGUCUCGUGCCGACCGUUUGCGCGCUGCGGCCCUGGACAUUCGCAAGAGCGCAAGUGCUCUGUCGUUGGACAUCGUUACGCUGAACCCCUUUGGAGCCUUCGAUGGGCUUGCGAAAGAGGAGGAUGUUGAGGUGCGCCUCCAAGAGGCCGAGCUUCGGCUCCAGAUCUGUCAGGUCUUACAGGCCCCGAUCCUUCAGCUUGCCUCAUGCAUUUAUCCCCUACAAAAGCAUCUCACCGCGGACCCACUCAAAAUCGCAGCCAACCUGAAGCGGCUGGGGCUUCUGGCUCAGAAAUACAAUAUAAUCGUGGCAUUUGAGGGAGUAGCCUGGGUUAUUGAUGUAAAUACCUGGCAGCAGGUUCGAGAUAUCCUUGGCCAUGUUGAUCUACCUAACGUUCGCCAUUGUAUCGACACCUUUCACAUUGCGGCUAAAGAAGCGGGAGACCCAUUCAAUUUAUCAUCGCCCGUCAAGGCUGAUGGUGUCGCCAGACUACGAAACAGCAUGGCAGAGUUCUCGCGGACGGUCAAACAUCCCGGACGAGUGGGCGAGGCGAGGUAUGCAAUCUUGGGCCAGGGUGGCAAAACACUGUUCUAUAUACUCGGAUAA